GGAAGUGUUCUGCUCACCCCGAGGGCGGUGCGAAUUGGUGCUGGCUGUUUUACGCCCACAGACUUCGGGUUCCUGGUAGUUUAGGUCAGGGUUCAUAACGGCCAACAGCUCAAAGCUUCAGAUGCCGGCUGAUCUACCAUGGGCUUCCUUAGUUAGUCUACAGAAGACCCAGUCUGAGACCUCAGAAGGAGUAAUUAAUAUUGUCAAAAGUGAAAAAUGCAAGUAAACAAAAAAGGAAAGGUGAAAUCAACCCUCAAAGAUCUCCAUCCUUGGUCUGGGCAGAACCAGAUGGCCAUGUCCCAGGAAACAUUGACCUUCAGGGACGUGUUUGUGGACUUCACCCAGGAGGAGUGGCAGCAGCUGGACGCUGCUCAGAAGAACCUCCACAGGGAUGUCAUGCUGGAGAACUACAGCCACCUGGUCUCCGUUGGAUACCUUGUGGCCCAGCCACAUGGGAUCUUCAGGUUGGGACAAGGAGAAGAGGAGGCUGGGAUGGCAGCUGGAGAAAGCCUGAUGUGGAGCUGUCCAGGCAAACGGUAUCAUGAAUUCGAGUUAUGGAAAGUUAAUGACCAGACAGAUAACCACAAGGAAAGCCAAGACAAACCUCUAUGGCAAGCUGCAUCCAUAGAUAAGGAAACACUGAAGGAUAAAAGUGGCCAAGAAUUCAGAACAUAUGGAGAAAUCAUUUAUCCAAGCACAGGCUUUGUUUCUAUAGGACAAAGACUCACUAAAUAUUAUUCAUGGGGAGAGUGUUCAAAACAUAAUUUCAUUUUUCUUAGUCAAAGUAGAAGCUGUGUAAGAAAGAAUGGUGAUGAAUGUAAGGCAUAUUGGAAAUUAUGCUUCCAUUCUAAUCUUGAUAAAGCUCAAUCUGGAGAGAAAUUCUUUGAGCCUAAUGAACAUGGAAAAGCCCUCCACCCUAAGCAAGCUCUUAAUAAAAGUCCAAGAAUUCAAAAUGGGGAGAAACUCUAUCAAUGUUCUGAAUGUGGAAAAGUGUUUAUCCAGAAAGCAAACCUUGUUGUACAUCAGAGAACUCACACUGGAGAGAAACCUUAUGAAUGCUGUGACUGUGCAAAAACUUUCAGCCAGAAGUCAACCCUAAUUGCACACCAGAGAACUCAUACAGGGGAAAAGCCAUAUGAAUGCAGUGAAUGUGGGAAAACAUUUAUCCAGAAGUCAACUCUGACUAAACAUCAGCGAACUCAUACAGGAGAGAAACCUUUUGUAUGUGGUGAAUGUGCAAAAGCUUUUAAGAGUUCAUAUCACCUUGUUAGACAUGAAAAAACACACAUUAGACAAGCAUUUUAUGAAGCUAUCAAAUGUGAUAAGUCCAGCCUUAUAUACCAAAGGACUCAUAUGGGUGAGAAACCUGAGUGCAGUAAACAUGGAAAAGCCUUUGAUGAGACACCCACACCCAUUGAACAUCAGAUAACUCAUACAAAAGAGACACUUUACAAGUGUAGUAAAUGUGGAAAAGGUUUCAGGGGAAAGUCACAUCUUUCUGUUCAUCAGAGAGUUCAUACACGAGAAAAAUCCUAUGAAUGCAGCAUAUGUGGGAAGACUUUCAGUGGAAAAUCACAUCUCUCUGUCCAUCAUAGAACUCACACAGGAGAGAAACCUUAUGAAUGCCGAAGGUGUGGGAAAGCAUUUGGUGAGAAGUCAACCCUUAUUGUACAUCAGAGAACUCAUACAGGAGAAAAACCCUAUAAAUGCAACGAAUGUGGGAAAGCUUUCAGUGAAAAGUCACCACUGAUUAAACAUCAGAGAAUUCAUACAGGAGAGAGACCCUAUGAGUGCAGUGAAUGUAGGAAAGCAUUCAGUAGGAAGUCAACUCUCAUUAAACAUCAGAGAAUUCAUACAGGAGAAAAACCUUAUGAAUGCAGUGAAUGUGGGAAAGCUUUCAGUGUGAAAUCAACUCUCAUUGUACAUCACAGAACGCAUACAGGAGAGAAACCUUAUGAAUGCAGAGAGUGUGAUAAAGCCUUCAGUGGGAAGUCAACUCUCAUUAAACAUCAGAAAAGUCACACAGGAGAUAAAACCUAUUAAUAUACUUAUUAAUAACCUAUGAUAUAAUAACCUAUUAUGAUAACCUAUUAAUAAUUUAUAACCUAUUAAUAUAGAGAUACUUUCACUAGUUAUACCUCAUUAUAUUAUAUAUCAAUUCAUCCUGGGGAGUAACCUUAUAAAUAUCAGGAAUGUAAAAAACUUCAUAUGCUAUUUAAUGUUCAUUUAACUUAAGAAAGAGCACAAAAGCAUAAUUCCAGAAGCAUCUGAUAAAUGUGACCAAUUUUUCAUCCAGAAUUCUUACACGAGUGGAGAAUUAUAUAUCAGAGUGACAAAACUGAAUAUAUUGAUGUAGAAAAGAAUUUAGAAUUUAAAUGUCAUUGACUAUCAGAGUAUGCUGAAAAGAAACUAAGAAUUUAAAGUGUAGAAAACUGUUAAAGAAAUUAUGAGAGAAAUAUGUUCCAUAUUUUAUACCACACAUUUUGUGGGAAAGGUCUAGAGGUUCCAAACAAGCAUGCAGUAAUUAAGACAUGUUCACUGUGGAGUAAGUAUGACAUUUUUGAAAGAAAAAUAUAAAGUAUAAAAUUACUAAUCCUAGCUAUGGCAAACUACGUUCACUUCUUAAACAAAUAGGAGAGGAGGGAACUAAGAUGGUGGAGGAAUAGGACAGGGAGACCACUUUCUCCCCUACAAAUUCAUUGAAAGAACAUUUGAACG